AUGAAGCUUCUACCACCCAUUGGGUUGCUUUGCUUUGCUGUUUACUUUUACUAUCUCUUUUUCAUUCCUUCUCAACCUCUUCACCUUCCAAACGAAUUCGUUUCCACCAUCAACCAAUCUUCUCUCUCAGCUUCUACACUUCCAGUAGAUGAGAAGCUAUGUGAUUACUCCAAUGGCAAAUGGGUUCGUACCAAAAGAGGCCCUUUGUAUAAUGGUAGCAGCUGUGUUAAAAUUUUUAAAAACCGGAACUGUUUAUCCAAUGGAAGGCCUGAUUCGGGGUUCCUUCACUGGAGAUGGAAGCCAAGUGAGUGCCAUCUUCCAAGGUUUGACCCUAACAUUUUUCUCCAACUCAUAAGCAACAAGCGUGUGGCUUUUGUUGGGGAUUCAUUGUCCAGGAACCACCUAAGCUCCCUUCUUUGCAUGUUGUCUACUUUUUCAAAACCAAAAAUUGUUCACCACCGAGGUUCUCAUUGGUGGCUGUUUCGUUCUCACAACGCAAUGUUGUCCUUCUAUUGGUCCCCAUUUCUUGUGGAAGGUGAUCAAAGAAAAAACCCGGGACCACAUUAUAACACUGUUUAUUUGGAUCGUGUUGAUAUGAGGUGGGCAAGGGAUAUUGAUCAAAUGGACAUGAUUGUGUUGUCCUUUGGGCACUGGUUUAUGGUUCCUUCAGUUUUCUACGAGGGUGGUAAAGUUUUAGGGUGCAUGAGGCAUCCUGUUUCCAAUUGCACCGUUGCUAUUGGUUUUGGUGGUCCAAUAAGAAGGGCUUUGAGGACUGCUCUUAAUAGCAUAAUCGAGAGGAAGGUUGGUAAAGGAAAUAAUAGUUUUGAUGUGAUUGUAAGAACAUAUUCACCUUCUCAUUUUGAAGGUUCUUGGGAUAAGGGGGGUACUUGUUCAAAGACCAAGCCUUAUGCAAUUGGACAGAGACAUCUUGAAGGGGAGGAUGCCCAGAUAAGAACGAUUGAGAUGGAAGAAGUGGAAAAUGCUAAGAAAAGAGCCAAAAAAUUAAAAGGGUUUAGGUUGGAGGUACUUGAUGUAACAAAGUUAGCAUUGUUGAGACCAGAUGGCCACCCUGGUGCCUAUAUGAAUCCUUUCCCAUUUGCUAAUGGUGUUCCAAAGGUUGUGCAGAAUGAUUGUGUGCAUUGGUGUUUGCCUGGGCCUGUAGACACAUGGAGUGAGGUUUUGGUGCAGAUGAUGAAACACAUGGCACGAGUAGCGAAGGAGUGAAAGAUAUAAAAAAGUAAAGAUGGAGAAUGUUUUGUAUUUAUCAGAACCUUUGAUAAUAAUUUGUCGUAUCUUUUAUGCAAUUGGAACUUAUGUUUAUU